CUCAAAGCUGCGCAAUAGUUACAUUCGUGGUGGAAAAGUUUUCCGUGGUUGUUUAUCAAUUACUUUUGAUUUUUAUCUCUGGGGUUGAGUGAAUAGUCUGAUCCUGAGCUUAAUUUUUAAUCAUUGAAGCUGAAAAUGGGAGGGGGCGGCCGGCCUUACGAGAUUCCUGACUGGAGAAAGUACAAGGUGGAAGACGCCCCAGAGCUGGUCAAUGUGCGAAAUGCCUUGGCUCAAAAGGGGUUGAAGGAUCCAUGGCUGAGGAACGAGGUGUGGAAGUACGACCAGAAGAUGUUCCUCAAGCCCAACGAGCGGAUGACGCGGUUCUUUUUCCGCGGCUUCAAGUACGCGGCGGCAGCGAUGGUGGUGACCAUUGCGGCCGACAAGCUGGGUCUGCUCGGCUCCAGCGAUCACGGUCACGGUCACCACUGAGGGACGGGGAGGUACGGCCGCCGGGGAGGGAACGCAGCUGAGCGUCAGGACAGAUGGAAACUGGAAACUUGAGGACAGCAGGCUCUCGGUCAAAGGAGGUCUACAACCAUAACCGGAGGUCCUGAGGUGUGGAACAACCAGGAUGAAAGAGAAAGAUCUUCGUAGGGGGACUGCUUGGUUCAGAAUGUUGGUUCGGCUCCAGGCAAAUAACGAUCAUGUGUGUCUUCUCCUCUGAUAUUUCUCGACGCCCGGUUGAAGUAUGAUAAUGUAAAGCGCCUACUCCAGUGUGGACAGCCGCUGGCACAGUGUGGCUGAGACGCUGUGGACCGUCACUGAUGUACGUAGUCAUACAUUGACCAUGUGUAAAUAUAGCGAGAGACUGUG